AUGUCCCUCUCCCGCAGUCCCUCGCCUGCUCCAGGCGGUGGCUGGUCUAGCCCGGGACUCAACAUGAACAGUGGCCGCUCCAGUCCGGCCAGCAGCCACAGUGUGCGUCCCGUCGCUUGGGAGUCGUCCAAAUUGCGAAACGGCCAUCCUUCCUUUUCCACGCAGAACCAAGGCUUCUUCAGUCGCCACAUGCGUCGCAUAUCGAACAGCCUACCGCAAUUCACCCACAACGAGACGGAAAAGAUUGCCCCAUCCAAUUCGUACCUCGACAAAGUACCUCUUGUGGGCAGGAUAAAGCUCAUCUUUGGUCGCAUGGGCCGCAAACUGAAGUUUCGUCUGCUCAUUGCAUUCUUCAUACUCUUUUGCGUCUACGUCUUUUACCACUCUCCCCUUGUCUACUGGUACCGCAGAGCCGCCUGGGGCGGCGGUGGCUCCAAGUUUGUCGUUGUCCUCGCCGCCAACAUUGGCGGUGGUGUCAUGGAGUGGAAGGGAGCGCGGGAAUGGGCCAUUGAGCGAGACAGCAUACGAAACAAGCGUAACUACGUCGCCCGCUGGGGCUAUGAUCUCGAGAUUGUGGAUAUGAGCACUAAGAAGCGAUAUGCACACGAAUGGAGAGAAAGCUGGGAAAAGGUCGACUUUUUGCGCAACGCCAUGCGUAAAUAUCCCGAUGCUGAAUGGUUCUGGUGGCUCGAUCUCAACACCAUUGUCAUGGAGCCCUCGUACUCGCUGCAAGACCACAUUUUCAACAGCCUCGGCACCCACACGUACCGCGAUAUCAACGAUUACAACCCCCUCAACAUUACGCACCCCUUUGUCGACCCGUAUCUCGACGAAGAAUCCCGCAGUCCCGUUGGUGACGGAAACCCCAACUCUGUCAACCUGUUGCUCUCACAAGACUGCUCCGGCUUCAACUUGGGCUCCUUUUUCGUUCGUCGCAGCGCCUGGACUGAGCGUCUGUUGGACCUUUGGUGGGAUCCCGUGGCCUAUGAACAGAAGCACAUGGCUUGGGAGCACAAGGAACAGGACGCCCUCGAGUCCAUGUAUGAAAGCCAUCCUUGGGUCCGCCAGCAUACUGGCUUCCUGCCGCAACGCAUGAUUAACAGCUUCCCCCCGGCCGCGUGUGGCGACGGCACCGGUGCAAACCUCACGCGCUUCCACUACCACGAGUCGGACCGUGACUUCAUGGUCAACAUGGCUGGCUGCGAAUGGGGACGUGACUGCUGGGGCGAAAUGUACCACUACCGACAGUUCAGCUACUGGCUCAACCGCAACCCGUGGGAGCUCUUCAAGGAGGACUUUGUCGCUGUCAUCUGGUACCACCUGACUGGCCAGCACGUUCGCCUGUAG